AGAUAUAUCUACAAGUGCCCUGAUCCGUUCUUUUGUACAUAAACUGAGAUAAGUUUCCUUCGUAUAAAUAAAAGCCAGAAUAUUCACGCUCUAGUGGUUUAGUUGGACAAACUAGCAAUUUUAGAAUGAAUUUAUUUGUUGUUCUUCUAGGUCUUGUGUGCGCCUUAGCAUAUGGAGCACCGUACGUAGAAGAUGUGGAUUAUCCUCAAGCGGCUUACGUGCUGGAUUCUGUACCAUCCGACGAUACCAGGGUAGUAAAUGGUGAAGCUGCUGUCAGAGAUCAAUUCCCCUACCAGCUUUCCCUACGGUGGGCUAACGUUUCAAGAUCGCCCUCCCACCUCUGCGGCGGUACUCUCGUCACUCCGUCGAUGGUUCUCACGGCUGCCCAUUGUAUGUUAUAUAACUAUGGUACGUAUGAUGUCGUUGCUGGAGUCCUGAAUCGGACAGAAAAUACGUCAUCAACUCAAAGGCGAGAUAUUGAAACGCGUAUCCUUCACGAAAACUGGCCUGGCGGUAAUCGUGUAGCCCGAUAUGACAUUGCCCUGUUAAAACUAUCCGCACCCUUCAUCUUAACCCGUUCCGUCCAGCUUAUUCGUCUUCCUUGUCAAAAUGACAUCCCUUCUGGGACUGCUGUUCUUUCUGGAUGGGGAUAUACGUCAAGUUUAGCUAAUACUCUCCCAAUGAUUUUGCAGUACGUCGAGGUAGACAUUAUAUCGAACGAACAGUGCGCUGACGAUUUGAACACUGUAUUAGGAACUAUUCUUGCUUUGGACGAUACCAUGGUUUGUACCAAUGGUCACCAAAACAUAUCGAGCUGCGGUGGUGACUCUGGCGGUCCAUUGGUCCAAGAUGGUGUCCAAGUGGGAAUUGAUUCGUGGGGUAUCGUACCAUGUGGCGUCACGGUUGGUCCAUCGGUCUUCACAAGAGUUUCAAACUAUACCGACUGGAUUAUAUCUAAAUUGUCAAGUGACGAUGUGAAAUACCUUUGCCUUGUGUGCGCCUUAGCAUAUGGCGCGCCAUACGUAGAAUACAAAGAUUAUCCUCAAGCGGCUUACGUACUAGAUUCCUUACCAUCCGACGAUACCAGGAUAGUAAAUGGUGAAGGUGCUGUCAGAGAUCAAUUCCCCUACCAGCUUUCCCUACGGUGGGCUAACGUUUCAGCAUCACCCUCACACCUAUGCGGUAGCACUCUCGUUACUCCGUCGGUGGUUCUCACGGCUGCCCAUUGUAUGUUAUUCGACUAUGGUACGUAUGAUGUCGUUGCUGGACUCCUGGAUCGGACAGAAAACACGUCAUCCACUCAAAGGCGAGAUAUUGAAACGCGCAUCCUUCACGAAAACUGGCCAGGCGGUAAUCGUAUAUCCCGAUAUGAUAUUGCCCUGUUAAAACUAACCUCGCCCUUCAUUUUAACCCCUUCCGUCCAACUUAUUCGUCUUCCUUGUCAAAAUGCCAUUCCUUCUGGAACUGUCGUCAUUUCUGGGUGGGGAUAUACGUCAAGUUUAGAUGACGAACUUCCAGUCAUGCUACAAUACGUAGAGGUGGACAUCAUUUCAAACCAACAGUGUGCUGACGAUUUGAUCGCUGUAUUGGGAGAUACCCGCGCUUUGGACGAUACCAUGAUUUGUACGAAUGGUCACCAAAACAUAUCGAGCUGCGGUGGUGACUCUGGAGGUCCACUGGUCCAAAACGGUAUCCAAUUGGGUAUUGUCUCGUGGGGUAUCGUACCAUGUGGCGCCGGCAUUGGUCCUACAGUCUACACAAGAGUUUCAAACUAUACCGACUGGAUUAAGUCUAAAUUAUAAAAUGAAGAUGCACCCCUUUGUUUAACUAAACAAACUUAUACAUAAAACAAUCAUUCAAUAAAAUACUUCUGCUAAUAA